AUGAGUUCUCCAGAAGACAAUGAAGCUCUUAAGAUUUUAUUUCAAUAUCAGCAUGGGUUUAUCAUUUCAAAGAUUGUGUUCACUGCCUCUGAGCUGGGAGUAUUUGAUCUGCUCUUGGAGUCGGGAGAACCCCUGAGCUCAGGGGCCAUUGCCGAACGCCUCGGCACCAGCCCCAGUGGAACGGAGAGGCUGCUGGAGGCCUGUGCGGGUUUAAAGCUCCUGAGGAUGGAGAGAAAGGACAGUGAAGGUCUUUACAGAAAUACAAAUCUUGCCAGUCUCUACCUUGCAAAGUCAAGCCCCAAGUCCCAAUAUUAUUACAUGAAACUCCUUUCUGAAUAUGGGUAUGCAAGUUUCCAGUACUUCACUGAUGCUGUGAGGGAAGGAAAAAAACAGAUGGAAUCAAUACAUGGCCCAUCGCUGGAUGAUUGCUAUCAGGCAUUUUCCAGAUCAAAGGAAGAGGUGCAAAGAUUCUUCUGUGGUAUGGAUGAUGCUUGGAGUCUGUAUGGCCAAGAAGUGUUGUCUGCAUUUGAUCUUUCCCAUUUCCCCAUCAUUUAUGAUCUGGGAGGAGGUAGUGGUGCCCUUGCCAAGCAAUGUAUUUCACUCUACCCAAAUACUACUGUGACCGUUUUAGACCGACCUGAAGUGGUGGAAACAGCAAAGAAACACCUUGUCUCUUCGGGGAUAUGCCAGAUUGCUUUCCAGGAAGGGGUCCCCAACCCCCAGGUCACGGACCAGUACUGGUCUGUGUCCUUGGAAGAACCAGGACGGCGAGACCGACUUUCGAGGGCUAAAGGAACGAGCGUUGACAUGUAUUUUGAAACAGGUGGUGGAGUGUUAAUCAUUGAACCACUUCUUGAUGAAGACAGAAGUGGGCCACUGGAAGCCCAAGUUUAUUCUGCGGCCUUGUUACUCCAUUUUGAUGGGAAAGGACGGGCCUUUUCAGAGCACAACACGCUCCUCAGCGCAGCUGGCUUCACGGAUGUGGAGUCGAAGAAAGGAAAGUUCUUUGAUGCCAUUUUGGGAAGAAAAUAAUGCUCAUCGUUAUUCAUUCCUGUUCA